AUGCUGAGACCGCAACAGGUAACGCAGCCGCAGAGACAGUUACCUUCUCCCAUCUCGUCCACAUUUUCUUCGUCUCCUCGAUCCGAGGUCAGUGGUGGGUCGUUUAGCCUCGGUAUUGUUGGUGGCGGUGGUGGUGGUGAUGCGGAUCAUUUUGAUGUUGGAUAUUCCAAUCAUCGUGUGGCAGACAGAACGCCGCCUUCAGUGGGAAUGGAUGCGAGAGCGGCGAACGAAGAAUCUGGUUUCAAGUUGACGCCCAUUGCCAAACCAGCACUACCACCGACAGCAGCAGCAACCACAGGAUACUAUGUUCUACUCUUCGACGUCGUUGUCGGGGGGUCGUCGGUUGAAGGGGGACCACUGGGACUGCCAGGACCAGUGGGUUUCCCUUCUUCCUGUUCUUCAUCCCUUGGUUCGAGCCCUUCUGGUUCGAGUGGCAUGGUUUCGGGAAAAGGGAGUGGGUUUGACGCCGACGACGAUGAUGACGGAGACGGCGAUGAUGAUGAUGAUGGUGCUGGUGCUGGUGCUGGUUUUCCUGGUGGGAGAUUUGGCCUUCGUCGUCUUGACCGUAGGGGUGGUGGCGUUGACGUUGGCGUUGGAGGGGAGGAGGAUGAGGAUGAUGAAGUGUUGUUCGGUAGGGCCAGGCGCGUUUCGUUAGGGUUGGGAAUGGUGACUGUUAGUCCCUCCAGAUCGUCCGUGGCGAAUGUCGGAAGGGACACGGUGAUGAAGGAGGUUCCCGUUCUUAUGGAGAGGUCGUCGAGGCCAACUUUUCAAGUCUGGAGCGACGAUGAUUAG